AUGCCUGAACGUCCAGGAAGCCAGCGAGCUUCUGAGAAGAAGUUGGAGACUCCGCAAGAAGAUGACGCCUCUCGAGAGUCUAUCAAAGGUGACACAGUCAUCCACGUCAUUGAUGACAUCCGGCAGAUUCGAAAGGAUUUCUACUGCAAGCAAUCGCAGCUGCUGGAGCACAUGAAGUAUUUCGAAGCCUGUCUCGCUGGUGUGUCUCCAGAUGAUGAAGUGGAAAUCUCAGUGCACUGUGACAUCAAGGUCUUUGAGUGGUUAGUAGAGUACAUGGAUGGUUCACGACAAGUCUCUAGUUUGGAGGCCAAGGAUGUUGUGGCCAUCCUGAUCUCUGCAGACUUCUUGCAGAUGCAAGCCCUUGUUGAGCAGUGCCUCGAAGCAAUGUAUAACUCCUUGACCGAGAUCCUAGCCCUGCCAUUGGACCUUGGCUGCUUGCCAGAACGCUUGGUGGCGAGCCUGGCCUCGCAGGUGAAAGUGGCAGAACUGGAGAAGCUACAGGAUGACCAUGAUCGUCUUUUGAGCCGUCUAUAUGCCCACAAGCUACUGGCACUUCUCUCGCUGGAGCAGAACGUGCUGUUUUGCUGCAGCCGUUGCCAAAGGCUCUUCACUGCAGACGAGUGCCUUUACCAGCACUGUGCAGAGACUACAGGCAUGGAGCUUUCAACAACGAAGUCAGUGCCAGCAUUGUUGCAGCACAGUGCAGAUGCAACUUGGGAUGUGGGUGAAUUCCUACAUCACCUUCGUGAACGCCAUUCAUGGCCGCAACUCUUCUGGAAGACAUGGGCCAGGCUGCAGCGGUUUCAAUGCAACCUUUGCCAAAUGACUUUUUGUGGUCUUGAGCUGAAUCGAUGUCACUUUCAUCCGCCGCUGGUUGGUCAGGAGUCCGUGGCGAUCCAAGACCCAAAUCAUGGAGGAGGUGAAAUGAGGCAGCAUGAGCCAAAGUUGUCAUCAAUAGAGGAGGAGGUCGCCAUCGAAACUUUGAGAAGGCACCAGGAUGAGAUCUGUAAGGACUGCGAGUCUUUGCUUUUCGCGCCCGUUUUGAACUCCAAAGGCCUACAGGUGGACGCGAAAGGCGAAGAGGAACCUGAACGGGUCCUUGAAAUCCGUGCGCGUUAUUGCUGUGAGCCUCCUCCAGAGCAUUCUGCGACAGCAGCACCAAGCACCCAAGCCAGUCAAGUGCAGACCAUGCAUGACAAUGCAAAUCAGUGUUCUUUUUGA